UUGAUUUCUUCUAAACAAUACAUGAAAUACUUAUGCAAAUAUCCCUGACACUUUUCAUCAAGUAUUUAGGGUAAAGAAGGCAGUUUGUUCCAUCAGGUCAACAUUGCACAGUCUUCAAGGCUUCACGAUGCGGAUMUUACUYCUAGUGKUGACUUUAUCCGUGAUGUUUUCUCUUGCACAGAGUAYCAAGGCWAAAACAACAAUCCUGAUAUCUUUGGAUGGCGUUGGAUGGCAAUUUCUAGGGAACAACAAAACUGACACYCCUAAUUUUGACUUUAUGGCUCGUACGGGAGUUAAAGCAAAGAACAUGAUAACAGUSAACCCUACUCAUACUCUACCAGCUCACGUGACCUAUGUCACUGGUCUCUAUCCAGAAAGUCACGGGCUUGUAGCAAAUAGCUUUCAUGACCCUGAUCUUGAUGCAGAACACUACCUACAGCCGGACUGCUCCGCUUUUGAUCCGAUCUUCUUUCAGGAGUCGGAGCCGAUUUGGUCAACGAUGGAGAAAAGGGGGCUUAAAAGUGGGGUGUACUUUUGGCCUACAAGCACGAGUUACCCUCAAAGACCAUCAUUUUAUGCAGAUCAUGAUUGUAAAAUUAACUGCUCUGCAUAUACACCACAACAGUUGAGYUCUUUGCGAAAAACAAAAACCGAUCAUUGUAAAUUCGAUGAUYUGAAACAUCCGUUUUGGCAACGAGUUGAAACWGCCGUUAGUUGGAUGAAGUCCGAGAACUCACCCCCUCUGAUAUUACUGUACUUUGACUAUGCCGAUGGAAAAGGACACCGCAAUGGCCCACAUUCAGUCCAGUARCUGAAAUCUAUUGAGUARCUUGAUCGUUAUGURAUUGGAUACCUUAUGGACAGGCUCAGAGAUUCAAACUUGCUCAACAGUACGAAUAUCAUCGUUGUCUCAGAUCACAGUAUGGCUGAGACCAGCUCUGAAAGAGUCAUCGAUUUAUCAGAAGUAAUCGAGCCUUACAUGUAUGACAUCAAAUCGCCAGGAAUAUGGCCAUUGGGAGACAAUUCUGUGGAUGAUGUUUUAAACAAGUUAAAAAAACUAAACAGCUCGCAUAUCAAAUUCUACAAAAAAGAAAACAUUCCGGAGAGACUUCAUUGGAAAKACAAUAGGCGCAUCCCACCAAUUUAUGUAGAAUAUGAGCUUAAAUGGAAAUUCUCCAAGACUAGUAACAGUAGGACAAAGUCAUGGAUUGCAGGAUCUCAUGGCUGGGAACCAUCACAAGACAUGGCGGCCAUUUUCUAUGCCAUGGGACCCGACUUCAAGGAAGGCUUUUACAAUGAUYAUUCACUACGUGCAGUCGAUAUUUAUCCAUUAUUAUGCCACCUUGUUGGAAUGGAACCACUACCUAACAAUGGCUCUCUCAACAACAUGCUGAACCUCUUGAAAGAYGACGAUYAGUCUAKACCAACUGAACCAAGCGKAAUGCCGAGAACCACAGCUCACACAAACAUCGCGAAAACUACAGGAAASAGAAUGACAGGCCAUGGGGCAACUAUUAACAAUAAACGGUGGUUUGAUCAUGUCGCAUUUGCUAUUACAUUUAUAUUAUUUGUAUUUAACUAAGAAGUUCUGCCAGAUUUUGGCAUUAUUAUUAUUCAGUCAUAUAUUUUUGUUAUUGCUGUAGCCAUCUUACAAUGCUGUAACAAUAUUGUGGUGAACCAUAUUUUGGGGACUAUAUAUCAGGGGUGUUAGAGUAAUAUCCUAGAAUUGUAGCCAUAUUAGAGUGUGUCAAAUCAUACACUUCAGACAGCCUUUUUUGAGUUAUUAAAUAACAAUUAUAUAACUAUGCAACUAGCUAUACGAUGACAAUUAAAGAUAUCUACUUGAUGAAAAUU